AUGACAACACCGCCUGGGGAAAAGCUAGAAAUUCACUUUCCAAUCAAGAAAGUGGUAAAGACUCAAUCUUUUUUCCACCCAUUGAAGACCCUUUUCUUUUUGCUUAUUUUCAGCCAUACCCAGAUGAGAUUUUGUGAUGGGGUUUCAGUUUUGGACCUUAAUUCAGCUAAAGAUAGUAACUUUGAGCUAAUAGGCAAAAGGGGUUGUUCUGAAAAGUUAAAUAAAUGCUCAAAAAUUGUGGAUGAAGAGGAUAUGAUGGAUAGUGAAAGCAAUAGAAGAGUUUUGUUGAUGCAAAAGAAGUACAUAAGUUAUGGUACAUUGAAGAGAGAUUUGGUGCCUUGUAAUACUCCUGGGGCUUCAUAUUAUGAUUGCAAAGCUCCUGGGGCAGCUAAUACUUAUAACAGAGGUUGUGAGAUUAUUACAAGAUGUGCUAGGGUGGUCAGUAACAUCAAAUCUUGA